UCACACUGCUCGAGAGCCAUCCAUCCAUCCGCCGCCACCGCCGCGGCGCGCAAACCCUACCGCCGGCGAUCGAAUCCACCUGGUCGGGUCGGAGGCAGUCCGGCCAGGGAGGUGGGGUUGUUUGGGGGGGGGGGGGAGGCGAAUCUCGGCGGGGCAUGGCGAUGGGGGUGUUGGAUUAUUUGGCCGGCGAGGAGAGGUGGCUGUACCCUGGGUUCCUGGCCAUGUACGCGGCCAUCUACUGCGUCGGCCACGCCGCGCUGUUCCGGCGGUGGGCGCGGCCGCUCCGGCUGGACGGCGCGAGCUGCCUCAUCUCGCUCGCGCACGGCACGCCCGCCGCGGUCGCGGCGGCGGGCGCCAUCCUCGCGCAGCCGCCGCGGGCGAGGGGGUUCGCCGCCCCCAACUCCAGGCUCCAGGACCACGUCCUCGACUACAGCGUGGCGUACUUCACCAUGGACCUGCUCCACUACCUCGCCUUCCUCCCCGGCGACGUCCUCUUCAUCGCCCACCACCUCGCCACGCUCUUCGUGUUCGUCACCUGCCGCUACCUCGUCCGCCACGGCGCCUACGCGCUCCUCGUCCUGCUCGUCCUCGCCGAGGUCACCAGCCUCCUCCAGAACGUCUGGACGCUCGCCGGGAUCUGGCGCGCCGAGAAGCCCGCCGCCGCGAGGGUGUACCGCGCCCUCUCGCCGCCCUUCUACUUCCUCUACACCCUCGUCAGGGGCGUCGCCGGCCCGCUCUUCUUCCUCAAGAUGAGCCUCUUCUACCUCUCAGGCCAGGCCGUCGACGUCAUCCCAUGGUGGGUGCGCAUUUCAUGGAUCGUCGUCGUUGGCACCGCCAUCACCGUCAGCAAUCUCUGGAUUUGGAACCUCUGGAAGGAGCUUUUCAGAGAACGGAAGCAGAGCGCGGCAAAGAAAAGCAAAUAAAUUGUAUCAUCAGCCAGCCAACCAUGCCCGUAGGAUAAUCUAUCGAAAUUAUGCCGGUGAUCAGAUGAUUGACAAUGACGAACAUUUUGAAUGGCAUUUGUGGAGAAUGCUGUUCUCUACACGACAGGUCUCAAUUCUUUCAUUCAGGUCAGAAAUCUCAUGUCUAAUUAACUAG